UUGUGGGGCAGAGAGGAGCCGGAGCCGGGAAAAACCCGGAUUUCUGCAGGCAUCACCAUGCUGACCAGCAUCACCGACGGUUUCCUCUGCUGCCUGCUGGGCAAGGCCCCCAACGCCGUGGGGCCGCUGGACAGCGUUGAGUCCGGCGACGGCUUCACCUUCCUGGAGGUGAAACCCGGCCGCGUCCUCCGCGUCCGCCACGCCGUCCCCGAGCGCCCGGGCCCCCGGGACCCCCCGGGAUCGCCGGGAGCCGCGGAGCGCGGCGCCGUGCGCUGCCAGCGCCGCAUCACGCUCUACCGCAACGGGCAGCUGCUGAUCGAGAACCUGGGCGAGGCCGGCGGCUCCGGCAGCCCCGGGAGCCCUCGGGCCGAGCCCGACGGCGAGCCGGGAGCACCGGAGCCCGGCGCCAAGGACGGCGCGGCCAAGCGCCGCAAGCGCAAGCCCAAGAGGGUGGUGACGGUGGACUGCGAGAAGCGCAUCACGAGCUGCAAGGGCACGCACGGGGACGUGGUGCUGUUCUUCAUCCACGGCGUCGGCGGCUCCUUGGACAUCUGGAAGGAGCAGCUGGAAUUCUUCUCCAAGCUGGGCUACGAGGUGGUGGCGCCGGAUUUGGCGGGGCACGGCGGCAGCUCCGCGCCGCCCGUGGCCGCCGCCUACACCUUCUACGCGCUGGCCGAGGACAUGAGGGCCGUGUUCAAGCGCUACGCCAAGAAAAGGAACAUCCUCAUCGGGCACUCCUACGGGGUGUCCUUCUGCACCUUCCUGGCGCACGAGUACCCGGAGCUGGUGCACAAGGCGAUCAUAAUCAAUAUAAUUACUAUAAUUAAUAAUUAA